AUGGCGACCGUGUCAGAGUCAAGCACGACCGCUGCCAAACGAUCCGAGCGCUUGCGGGAUACGUUAUAUGCAGAUAUGAUGAAGCCUGACGAGGACUUGAGCAGCCUGGCGGACCCUGUCGAGCGAAGAAGAAUCCAGAAUCGAUUAGCCCAACGAGCUUACCGACGUAAGAUGCGGGAGCAGAAGAACGAAGUCGAGAAGCUCAGAGACCAGAUCAAAAGACUGCAAGAGACACCCGAUAGUGGUGCCAGCAGACAAAGCAGCCCGUCCACUUCCUCGCCAGACAGCGGCACGCCGAGUGGGACUCGUGCUGUCUCGCCACUGAACUACGACAUGUCACCGACGGUGGCUGGCGAAAUGCAGUGGAUGAGGAACUAUCCCCAAGAAUGGCCAGAGGCCUCGGUCCAGGGAGCAGAGAGACUUAUGCCGGGCAUGAUCUCUCCAACGGAGUUUGACACUUCGCUCACCUUCGAUGAUUCGAAGAGCUUCUCGCCGACAUAUUCGCCUGAAGCAUACGGUUCAAGUCACGGGCUGUUGACGACGACGAUAGUCCCUGGCAGAGAGGACUCCAGUUCAAGGAUUGCUUCGUCUCACAGCAAGAAGGGUCGUGCCAACCUCACCCGGAGCACUAGCACAUCCGACGUCCCCAAGGGUGCAGGGCAGAAGUCUCGCUCCUGGAGAGGAUCGGGAUCCAAGGCUUCUUCGAUGGACAUGCAGCUAUCCCCCACUCACUUAUUGGCCAACCCAGACCCCCAGGGGUCUUUCCACACGAACCUCGAUCUCCACUCCCACCCCGAGGAGUUCCACUACCCUUCACCACCCAAACUGGAAGAUCCGGCUGCUUGGAAACUAGCUACCUCUAAGCACGUGCGAGGUGAUAGGCGCACGCUCUCAACGCCCGACGCCCAGCUCAACAAUAGCUCGAAUACGGCACCACGUUCCCUUCCCGAUGCGAAUGCACCAAUACUUCACUUGGCUGUCGCCGGCGGCCACAUCGACACCCUACGGAUCCUCCUUAAGCAGUGCCAGGUUUCGGUCAAUGUGCGGGACAGCGCCGGGUAUACACCCCUCCAACGUGCCAUCAUAAACGGCCACACGGAUAUAGUGGCACUUCUUCUCAAACACGGUGCGGUGAUCAACGGCGACAACUGA